AUGUACGCUACUCCCGCCAUCCGCGCCCGUCUGGCCGUCACUGGCCGUCGUGCUUUCACCACCACUCGCACCCAGAUGGGUAGCCCCUUCCACUACGCCGAGGGCCCUCGCACCAACAUUCCCUUCAACCCUCUGACCAAGCACUUCUUCUGGAGAUACUGGUCCUUCAUGGUUGUCGGUUUCGGUGCUCCCUUCGGUAUUGCCGUCUGGCAAACCUACAAGACCAAAUAA